UUUUUGUCUCGCAGCGCAUCUUUGUUGAAGUUUACAUUGAGCCGAUGGGUCCUACUUUAGAUAUGAAAAACAUUCUUCCAUUUCGAGGAAGAAGAGCCCUGGGAUGACUAUGGGUAGCUGCGAACAUCUCCAGGAAUACAAGACGACCCACGGAACCAACUCUUUUCGCAUAAUCCAUACAUAUUUCAUAGCAUGUUCAUCAGCUGAUGCUAGGCGACGGAAGGCGAAAUCCUGUGUCUGUCACACCUGCAGACUACAUGGACCCCGCCUGCAUGCCUGCCUUAACUGUAUAUACUUUGGGUGUUAUGGUGCUAAGCAUAUCCAUGAGCAUGCAGAAACUAAAGGUCAUCACCUUGCUGUUGACAUGGUCCACGGCGCAGUUUACUGUUUUGAAUGUGGUGACUACAUGUAUGAUGAACAGCUGGAAGAAAUAGCCAGGAAGCAAUAUACCAAAUCAAAAAAGGGCAUAGGUUUAAGGGCUAAUUUCUCAUCAUGGGAGCCCAAUGAAGUGGAGAUAGAAAUUCUUCGUCAGAAUCCAAAGAGAAGAAAAGUAGAAAUUAAGUCCUCAAUAGGAUUGCGAGGCUUGAUCAAUUUAGGAAACACCUGCUUCAUGAAUUGUAUCGUGCAAGCCUUGACUCACACCCCGGUGCUACGUGACUUCUUUCUGUCUGACCAGCACAGCUGUCAGGUGCUCAGCCAGGAUGCAAGGCAGUGCCUUGUUUGUGAAAUGUCACGUCUGUUUCAGGAGUUUUAUUGCGGGGCAAGAACUCCACAUAUCCCGUACAGACUACUUCACCUGGUGUGGACUAACGCACGCCACCUGGCUGGUUACGAGCAGCAGGAUGCUCAUGAAUUCCUUAUAGCAGCCCUGGAUGUGUUACACAGGCACUGUAAAGGUUAUUCCGAUAAUAUUUUAUUAUCCUACAACAGUCAGUUAAAUGCAGGAACCUCUGACAGUAAUGGCAGUGGGAACCCUCACCACUGUAACUGUAUCAUAGAUCAGAUCUUCACUGGCGGUCUCCAGUCAGAUGUCACUUGUCAACAGUGCAAUAAUGUUUCCACAACGAUCGAUCCAAUCUGGGAUAUUUCACUGGAUUUGGGUCCUGGUCCACCAGCUGGAGGCAGCAGUAACUCCAACUCUUCUCCGAACUCAGGUUUUACUAAUAGCCCCGGAACAUAUGAACCUACCUCACUUUUAGAAUGUUUAAAAAGGUUUACAAAACCUGAGCACCUGGGCAGUUCAGCCAAGAUAAAAUGUAGUACCUGCAGUAGUUAUCAGGAGUCUACCAAACAACUGACCAUGAAGAAAUUGCCUAUAGUUGCAUGCUUUCAUCUCAAAAGAUUUGAGCAUUCAACAGGGUACCACAAGAAGAUCUCGACUUACGUGUCAUUCCCCGAGGAGCUGGACAUGACCCCUUUCAUGUCCUCCUCCCGCAACAACACUAAUGGCUACAAUAAUCAGGUCAUUCAGGAAUCUUCCAGAGGGCUUUCAUGUGAUAACAAGUAUUCUUUGUUUGCUGUGGUGAACCACAUGGGCACAAUUGAGAGUGGUCACUACACCUGCUUCAUCAGGCAACUGAAGGACCAGUGGUUCAAAUGUGAUGACCAUCUAAUCAACAAGGCACUGCCUGGUGAUGUUCUCAACAGUGAAGGAUAUCUGCUGUUCUAUCACAAACAAAUUUUGGAGUAUGAUUGACCCCGGUUGAAACUUAGUGCUCAAGUGUGAUGCGACUGUAUUGAUUUAUUUCUGUUGUGUGUGGACUGACUCUGCUUUGUAAAGCUGAACAAAUGAACACUGUAUUCAUGACUGUUGGGGUCUUCAACUCCUUGUCUCAAAUCUAUAGACUAAAAGGAAAUAAGUCAAGAAAGGAAAUAACACCUCUUCAGAAAUACAAACUGGAAAGUCUGGUAGAUAUAGCCAACAUACACAUCAAUGCCUGGGAUUUGAAAGCCACAAGUAGUGAACCUGCUCGUUACUGCCAGCAUUACCACUGUUGCUUCUGACUUACAGACUAUACAUAGAGACUCGUUACUAUCACCAUGACUAGAUUUCCUAUACAGACAUAUGUCCUAUAUGAAUACUACUGUAGUUUACAGUACAGUGCCACAUAUCUGAACAAAUUUGAGGACAAGUAUUUAUUUGUACGUGACAUUCAGGUGCUUCUGAUUACCACAAACAGGUAGAUGAUGUUGAUCAUUGUGUAUACAUUUGAGUAACAAGUAGAGGUGGUAUUGUAUGGCCGAUCAAACAUAUUUGUGUGUACUUGUUUAAGCUUAUUGUAAAAAGGCAAUGAUUUAAAAGAUUAGUAAUAAAUUGGGGACACACUGAAGGUUUGGAUAAUUUGAGGUUCUGGUGUGUGGUGGUAAGCUAUGAGGUGUUUUAGACUGUACUUUGAGACAAUGAAUUUGUGACGACAGAUACAUGUAUAAGUUGGUAUUUACCAGAGUAUGUGUACUGGUUAGCUAUGAGGUGUUUUUGACUCUACUUUGAGACAAUGAACUUGUGACGACAGAUAUAUGUAUAAGUUGGUAUGUGUCGUCAUUCCCAUUGUAUGAGAAACAAUGUCAUCCGAUGUACAUUGAGUUCUAAAGAAAAGUAAGAAAAUGUACUGUCUUGCAUGACACCAUCAGUGUGGAUAGUAAUCUUGUGGUGUGACACUGUCUGUGUGGAUUGUAAUCUUGUGGUGUGACACCAUCAGUGUGGAUUGUAAUCUUGUGGUGUGACACCAUCAGUGUGGAUUGUAAUCUUGUGGUAUGACACCAUCAGUGUGGAUUGUAAUCUUGUGAUGUCACACCAUCAGUGUGGAUUGUAAUCUUGUGGUGUCACGACAUCAGUGUGGAUUGUAAUAUUGUGGUGUCACACCAUCAGUGUGGAUUGUAAUAUUGUGGUGUCACAGCAUCAGUGUGGAUGGUAAUCUUGUGGUGACACUGUCUGUGUGGUUUGUAAUCUUGUGAUGUCACACCAUCAGUGUGGUUUGUAAUCUUGUGGUGUCACACCAUCAGUGUGGAUUGUAAUCUUGUGGUGUCACGACAUCAGUGUGGAUUGUAAUCUUGUGGUGUCACAGCAUCAGUGUGGAUGGUAAUCUUGUGGUGACACUGUCUGUGUGGUUUGUAAUCUUGUGGUGUCACACCAUCAGUGUGGUUUGUAAUCUUGUGGUGUCACACCAUCAGUGUGGAUUGUAAUCUUGUGGUGACAGUCUUUGUGGAUUGUAAUCUUGUGGUGUCACACCAUCAAUGUGGAUUGUAAUCUUGUGGUGUCACACCAUCAGUUUGGAUUGUAAUCUUUUGGUGUGACACCAUCAGUGUGGAUUGUAAUCUUGUGGUGUCACACCAUCAGUGUGAUUUGUAAUCUUGUGGUGUGACACUGUCCGUGUGGAUUGUAAUCUUGCGGUGUGACACCAUCAGUGUGGAUGGUAAUCUUGUGGUGUGACACCAUCAGUGUGGAUUGUAAUCUUGUGGUGUGACACUGUCUGUGUUGAUUGUAAUCUUGCGGUGUGACACCAUCAGUGUGGAUUGUAAUCUUGGGGUGUGACACCAUCAGUGUGGAUUGUAAUCUUGUGGUGUCACAGCAUCAGUGUGGAUGGUAAUCUUGUGGUGACACUGUCUGUGUGGUUUGUAAUCUUGUGGUGUCACACCAUCAGUGUGGAUUGUAAUCUUGUGGUGUGACACUGUCUGUGUUGAUUGUAAUCUUGCGGUGUGACACCAUCAGUGUGGAUGGUAAUCUUGUGGUGGGACACCAUCAGUGUGGAUUGUAAUCUGUUGAUGUAACAAAAUCAGUGUGGAUUGUAAUCUUGUGGUGUCACAGCAUCAGUGUGGAUUGUAAUCUUGUGGUGUCACACCAUCAGUUUGGAUUGUAAUCUUGUGGUGGGACACCAUCAGUGUGGAUUGUAAUCUGUUG